AUCAUGAAAUAAAGAAAUACAUUAUUAUGUAAUCUUUUUUUUAUGUUUUAAGCUUGCCUUGCUUAUUUGGUGGGUUAUGAUAUUCGAGCACGUCUGUACUUUGGCCUGCCCUACACCAAUUAUUAUUGUUCUGUAACCAAAGAGGUAACCUUACCUAACCGGACCCAUAUUACUAUGAAUACAUAGACUAGGUAACCGGAACCAUAUUACUGAGGACCCGGUGUCUAUUCGUCUGUCGGUCACCUGGCUGUAUCUCAGUAACAGUGAUAGCCAGACAGUUGUAAUUUUCACGCACGAUGUUUUCUGACGAUAUAAAGAAGACGCCAAAUAAUUUUUGUGGAACUGGUGAAGUGUUUAACUGUGGAUUUUUAUAUAGUGUCAUAAGAUAUAAGGUUUUGCAAAAUUGCGCCCAGAUAUGGGUAACAUAAUGGAAUAUGGAUAAACGGUUGCCUGAAAGACGUUAUCUUUGGUUGUCCUCCUAAUAUUAAAACUGGUCUUCCUAACAAACAUUUGGAAUAUUACAAAAUAAAAAAGUUGGUAAACGUGUUAUCUUGGCACCCUGGUGUUUGAGUAUGAUUUGCCUGUAAAUAGAUGAUAAAUAAAUGCAGACGAAGUGGCAUUUAUCCCUGUCUUAAACCAAAAACUCGUAUACGGUUGAAGACGGCCUCCAUGUCUUCCAGGUGCUUCUGGAAAGGCCCUUCAGACAGGAAUAGCAGAUCAUCUAAAUAGACUAAUAAAGUGAAAUCCUUCAGAAUACUUCCAGACCUAAAGCGAUCCAUCAGUCUCUGGAAGGUGGCGGGAGCGUUCUUUAGGCCAAACGGCAUGCGGAUAAAGCGAUACGUACCGAAAGGUGACACAAAAGCUGUUUUGUCUCUAUCCCUCGGAGAGACGCUCACUUGUCAGUAUCCUGACCGAAGGUCGAUUGUACUCCUGUACCCUUCACGCUUGGUAGCAUGCAGAAGAUCCUCGAUUACCGGCAAUGGGUAAGAGUCACUUUUGGUGACAGCGUUGAGUCGACGAUAGUCAACACAGAACCUAUAUGUACCGUCCUUCUUAGGAACGAGAAGAGCCGGCGCAGUCCAUGCCGACUCACAUUCUUCAAUUAUUCCAUCAGUCAACAUCUUGUUGAUCUCCGCCUCCAUGACGGCCUUCUUCGCAGGCGUGAGGCGGUAUGGCGGCACCGCAAUCGGUGCGUGGUCUCCCCUAUUAAUAUGAUGUUCGGCGAAGGCAGUUGCCUCUCCUCCUAGACGGAAGACGUCUUCACGCUUUUGAAGCAAAUCCAAAACCUGCUGGCGCUGAUCGCCAUUAAGCAUUAACCCUUAAUAACCUAGAGUUUCAAUUUUGAUACCAAUCUUUUAAACCGAAUGUUCACAUUACUAUUCGUUUUUUUAUAGGUUGGCUGCACGUAUUUUACUGUUGCCUAAUAUUCUUUCCAACGAAAUUAAAAAAAAAAUCUAAAUUUCAUUAUUGUGUCAUUUUAUCUAUGACAUAUUACUUGCGCGGCAAAGUGUACAAGUAAACAAAUUUUACUAAAAGUUUUGUUGAAUACAAAUUUGAUAUAUUUUCUUUUUCUGAAGAAUAUAAAUACUUUUGAGGUAAGUGAAUAUAUUAUUUUCGCUAUGAUAUAAUUAUUUUUUGUGAGUGCAUGGUUUACUUGAAGAAACUAGUGCUAUUUUUGUGAGUAUCAAUUUUGAUACUUCAGGCAUUCCGCCCUAUACAAUUACAAUAUAUAAAUACUACCUACUAAUUCCUUAGCUAUAAGAACUUUUGAACUUCCGUUUUAUUAUUUUUAAAUUAAAUUUAAAUUUAUUAUUUUUCUGCAUGGCUCGGUGUUGGGAUUACUUUUAUUUUUAUUUUACAGGGUUUUGAAAAUUUAUAUUCCCCUCUUGGCAAAUAUAUUUUCAAAAAUGCGACCAGAAGAGAUUGAGAGCAUAUUGAAGCGGUUAGAAAAUGGUGAAAUUUCGGAAGACGAUUCCACCGACAAUGAAGAUGACAUAGACUAGAGUCUGACACGCAAAACAUGAGCUAGACAAUUUUUAGACAUUCUUCAUAUGGCCACACCAAAAUAUAUGUCAAAUGUCAGUACAUGAAUUGUCAUUUGCAUAAAACGUGUUUACUUUUUUGCUGCGAAAUUAUUUUAAACCAUUAAAUAUGAAGACUCCUAUUAAGAGUGAGGCUAGAAAGCUAAUAUUCAAUAUGGUUAAUAAAUUUGAUGUGAAAAAUAAAGACAAUGAAAAGAUUUUCAAUGAAAAAGAACAAUGUUUGGUUACAAUCUUGGAAGCCAUUGGAACCGAAAAUAUAGAUGUUAACAAAAUUGAAGAGUCUGUCAAAAAUCUUAAAAUUAUACAUAAUUCAGAACGGAUUGCGGCAUCCAAGUACAUGGAGGAAAUAUCAACAAUAACAGGUGUAAGUCUUGCUACAAUAAAGCGCAUAAAAAAGAAGGUCAAUUAAACAACAACAUUUGGAGUACGCCUGGGAAAAAGCGACCCCAUCCGAGUACUGUAUCAAAUCUAGACAACUUUGAUAUAUGUGCAAUUAGAAACAAAAUCAAUGAAUUUUAUACUGUAAAAAAACAAGUACCAACUAUAAGAAACUUGCUUGCAGAGUUAAGAGAUGCGAUAGGAUUUACAGGAAGUAGAGAGACUUUAAGAAGGAUUUUGCAUGACAAUGGCUAUGAAUUCAAUGAAAGAUCAUUACUCAUAGAAAGACAUGAGAUUGUCGCUUGGCGGCACAGAUUUUUAAGAAAAAUAAACAUAUUGUUUACUUUGACGAAACUUAUAUACAUCAAAAUUACAAACCAAAAAAGUCUUGGCAAGGUCCGUCAACAAGUGGUCUUGUUGAUAAAAUAUCAGCCGGUAAGAGACAUAUUAUUGUCCAUGCAGGGUCCAAGGAAGGGUUUGUGCCUAAUGCUCUUUUGAGCUAUAGCACCAAGUCCGUGAUGGCAGAUUACCAUCACGAUAUGAACGCUGUCAAUUUUAAAAAAUGGUUGUGUGAAAAAUUAAUUCCCAAUUUAGAAAAACCGAGCAUUGUUGUGAUGGAUAAUGCAAGUUAUCACACAUGUCAAAUAAAUAAAGCGCCUACCACACAAACCCGAAAAAGUGACAUCCAAAACUGGCUUAGAUCUCAAGGUGUGCCGUUUGAAGAGUAUUUAAGUAAGGAUGAGCUACUUUGUUUAGUAAAAAAACAUAAACCAGAUCCUAUAUAUGAAGUGGAUGAAGUUUUAAAACAGCAUGGACAUGAAGCGUUAAGGUUGCCGCCUUAUCAUUGUGACCUAAACGCCAUAGAAAUGAUAUGGAGUUUGGCAAAGAGACGGGUUGCAAGUAAAAAUAUCGGUGUCACACCUACGGCUCAUGUUUCGUAUGUCAGACUCUAUUAUUCGAGCCAAAGAGAUCGUCUGAUGGAGCUAGAAGAUGAAGAGGAUGUAGGUAAUUUUCCCACUGACCCAAACUUGGAUGAAGAUCCGCCUGCAGCAAACGUAGAUACCGACAUGCAACAUAAUUUAGAGACUGUAGAACGAAGCCCAACUCCUACAAUUAGCAUGCAGAACAACCUGCAAACUGCACCUUUCAACUCUAGAAACUUAGUAUGGAGAGUAAAGAAUAUCAUAGUCCAAAAUGCUUUCCAGUUUGCUGGAAACACUGAGUAUUCACAAGAAAUCAUGAACUUAGACACUCCUUUUCAGUUUUUUUCUUAUUUUUUCGGUGAAGAAAUUUUGAGAUUUCUAGUGGACGAGUCAAAUAAAUAUGCCUUCCAAAAGAAUCCCAACUUUACAGAACCUGUAACUGUCUUAGAAUUACGUAAAUUUAUUGGAAUUCUUAUUUUUACUAGUGUAUAUCAUUAUCCUAGUGUCAGGUCGUACUGGUCAAACAUUACAAAGUUCGAACCCAUAGCACAAACAAUGAAUCGCAACAGAUUUGAUAAAAUUAGACAAAUUUUUCACAUGAAUGACGACUCUAAACAUUUGCCCAUUGAUCAUCCCCAGCACGACCGACUGCAUAAAGUAAGACCAGUGAUAGACCAUUUGAACAAAAAAUUUAUUACUGUACCAUUUGAGCAUCGUCUAUCACUAGACGAGCAAAUGUGUGCCACUAAAAUUAAACAUUUUAUGAAACAAUACUUACCCAACAAGCCCCAUAAGUGGGGAUUCAAAUUAUACGUUGUAUGCUCUCUGUCUGGGUAUGCCUACAGUUUUGAGAUUUACUCAGGAGCUAAAGACAUAGACCGUUUACCAGGCGAACCAGACCUCGGAGCUGUAUCGAAUACAGUUAUUCGAUUGUUACGACCAGUACCAAAGCACGUCAAUCAUAUAAUUUAUUUUGACAAUUUUUAUACGAAUAUUCCUCUGCUACAUUACUUGACCAACGUAGGUAUUUAUUGUCUUGGAACAGUACAGAGAAACAGGCUUGGAAAGUCGUGCAAGUUGCCGGAGAAACGGGAAAUUAUGAAGUGUAACGUACCCAGAGGAACAUAUCACGAAAAUGUGGCUUCUCACGAAAGCCAAGAAUUUUCGGCCACAAGUUGGAAAGACAACAAACAAGUACUAUUACUUUCCACGUAUGUUGGCGCUGAACCAGCGGAUACUAUAACCCGCUACGAAAAAAAACUAAAGGCUAAUAUUCAAGUAUCAUGUCCUCGGGUCAUAAAAGAAUAUAAUGCACACAUGGGCGGCGUUGAUUUGAUGGAUAGCUUCAUUGGUCGAUAUCGUAUCCGCAUAAAGUCGAGAAAGUGGACAAUGAGGCUCUUCUACCACUUGUUAGACAUGACUGUCAUCAAUGCUUGGGUACUAUACAAAAAGGUAAACACAGUGAAAGGAACACUUCAGAAGAAUAUUAUGAAGUUAGCAGAUUUUAGAACUGAGCUUGCCGAUACUUUAUGUAGAUAUCAAAGUCACUCGAAAAAUAAAAGGGGAAGACCCAGUACCAACAGUACCAACAGACAAGACACUACAGUACCUCCUAAAAGACCCCGGACAGGUAUACAAGUACUACCCUCUACUGACGUGCGUUUCGAUUGUAUUGGUCAUGAAAAAAUAUUUAUGGAUUCUAGAAAUAAGUGUAAAUUUAAUAAUUGUAGGAAACUUACCUCCUAGUUCUGUAAAAAGUG